GUUUUGAUAAGCCCGACCUAUUUUUUCCCCCCCCAGUGAGCUUGUCCUGCAAUAGGAUUGUUUGGACAAACACUCGAUUGGUUGCUGUUUGCCAAAAAAAAAAAAAAAAAAAAAAAAAAAAAGGACCAAGGGCGCGACAACCGCCAAGAGAACAACAAAGAGUCACAGAAAACAACUAUCUAGUCUAGGCGUGCGUCUGGUCUAACUAUGGCUUUUCUAGCGUGAGAUAACGCAUCCUCGAACCCGCAGACCCUUCGAUGACGUUGCCAUUCAAUCACCCACAUGGUUUCGAACCUCGCCAACGUAAAGUAAAGCGCCUGUUCAAUUGAGCCUCUCUGCUUGAAAACCCGCGCCCCGAAUUCCACCCCUCCCCUGAUUUUGCGAGGGAAAACCCGCCAGAGAUGACCGAUUCACCAUCGAGCCUCGGCGGCGCAGCCAUCAUGGCGCCCAACCACGCCCACAUGAGCAGCAGCCCCUCGUUCUCGCAACCUCCCACCGCCGACACCCCCGCACGCAGCGACAGCAGCCUCAGGACGGUCGGCGCGCACGGCGCCGCGGCGGCGAGGACGACGACCCCGGCCGGCGCGACCGUCUACGGGCCCGACGUGCUGCCCGACGGGUCCCUGAACCCGCGCAGCUGCAUCAUCUGCCGCAAGCGCAAGGUCAAGUGCGACCACCUGCAGCCCUGCACCAACUGCCGCCGCGCGCGCGUGAGCUGCGUCUUCCCCGCCCCCGGGCGAGCCCCGCGCAGACCGCGGCCCAAGGACCCCGGCAGCAGCAGCGGCGGCCCACACACCGCGGCCGGCGAGCCCGGCCGGCACGGAGCAGCCGCCAGCGAGCGCGAGGCGGAGCUGAUGAAGAGGUUGCGCAAGCUCGAGGGCAUCGUCGAGAACCUGAGCGGGCAGAUCGAGCUCGAGACCGCGAGGCAUGGGAGCGCGGGUGGGCCGUCGCCGGACGCGACGCAGGACUCGCCCGGCAGCGGCGAGCUCAGGGGCGCGGGCGGCCGCGGGAGCUACUCGUCGGCAACGGGCGUGAGGGCCGCGAGUUCGACGAGCAGCGCCAGCAACAGCAACAUGGCUUCGGGUCCUGUAAACGGAAGCCCCCACAAACGGUCGCAGACGUUCGACUCGACCCAGGACAGCCCGCCAGCGACGACGGAUGUUGCCAAGAAAUUCGGCAGGCUUGUGUUGCACGACAAGGGCAAGUCUCGCUACGUGAGCAGCGGGUUCUGGUCCAGGAUAAACGACGAGAUCAAUGCGCUGCGGGCCGAAACAGAGGACAUGCUAGAUUCAGAGACUGACGUCUCGGAUAAUGAUGACAGCCCCCCUGCUGUUCCACUGCCAGACACGUAUUCCAACGGUUCAUUUCUGUUUGGCUAUCGUUGUUCGGAUCUCGACCUCCGAAAGUUUCACCUACCCCCUUCUCAAAUCAUGUUUAUCUGGCAGGUCUACUGCGACAACGUUAAUCCCGUUACCAAAUUGCUUCACGUGCCUUCUACCAAGGCACUGUUGCUCAAAGCCACGGCUGACUUGGGAAACAUUGAUCCCUCUCUCGAAGCUCUAAUGUUUGGAAUCUACUUUGGAGCACUGACAUCCAUGGACGAGACCGACGUCGAGAUGCACUUUGGAGCAACCCAAGCACACAUGCUACAAAAGUAUCGCUAUGCUCUGGAGAUGGCUCUGGCAAAGGCCGACUUUCUCACUUCGACCGACCUCAUGACACUGCAAGCCCUUGUGCUGUUCGUCAUGCUCGUCAGACGACGGCAGGAUACCCGUCUGGCCUGGACCAUGACGGGGGUUGCUGUACGCAUCAGCCAGUCGAUUGGACUGCAUCGCGACCCGAGCAAUUUCCCGAACCUGACGCCCUUCGAAGGCGAGAUGAGGAGGAGACUCUUCUGGUACCUCGCUCUCCUCGAUCUCCGCGCGGCAGAGGAUCAGGGCACAGACGUCGCCAUUCACGACCUGGGCUACGACACGCGCAGGCCUCUGAACAUCAACGACGAUGAUUUUGGCCCGGACAGCAAGGAGCUCCCCGCGCCACGUGAGGGCGAGACCGAGAUGGCGUUCGUGCUCAUGUCGUACGAGGUGCAGCCUUAUGCCCGGAGGAUCCUGCUCUUGUCUUCGGCGGCCGCCUCCAUGUGCCCGCGGGCCAUGAACACGUUGGAAGAGCGAGAGAAGCUGCUGAUGGAGAUCAGCGCCAUUGCUGAGCGCAUAUUACCCAGGAACGGCCCGGCUCCGACCAUGGAGAUUAGCAUCCUGGCCGCCAUGAUCGCGCGAGUCAUUCUCAACAAAAUGACCAUCCUGGUGUACCAAACCUCUCUGAUUGGCCAACACGACGCCGCUGAGGAGCUGAGCCAGGAGCGAAAGGAUCGCCUGGUGCAGUCUGCGAUCGAGGUCUUUGAGUAUAGCCACCUUGUCCUCCACGACCAGCGAGUCCGCCGGUGGCGAUGGGUCGCACACGUCUUUAUGCAGUGGCAGGCGGUCACAUUUCUGCUCCUCGCCAUCUCCACAGGGCCGUGGAGUCCCAUAUCGGAGAGGGGCUGGUCGGCGCUCGGGACCAUGUUCAGCAGCGCCACGGCCGCCGCAGAGAUCGAUCGCAUAUCGGACAAUGCCGCCGUCUGGUUGCCGCUCAAACGGCUCUACAACCGGGCCAAGAGGCACCGGGUGGCGGAAAUCGCCCGGCUCAGGGCCGAUCCCGAUGCGGCGCGUGAGCUGGACCGCGAGUGGUACCCCAAGACUCUCCCCACAUCAAACUUUAGCACCUUGUCGGGCAGGAUCAAGAUCAAGGUGGCCCUGGACAGGUGGAGGGAGCUGGUACAGGCGCCGGCUCUGGAGCCAGAAGUGCAGGCCUCGUUUAGACGCGACCAGGAGCGGCAGAAUCCGCACCUGCAUAAUUCCUCCUGCAACAUGGCUCCACCUUCCAACCGAGUGGACAACGCCGCGGUCAACGACUUGGCCGUGCAGCCCGUAACGGUUGGACAGCAGCAGCAGCAGCAGCAGGACAAUGCCGGGGAGGCGGUGCCUGCGGCGCAGCAGAUGGACCCGGACGUCCUGCAGCUCAUGAACCAAGUCAUGUCCCAGCCGACAUUUGCGUCGCAGGACAUUUGGCCGCUCGCCUUCCCCGUCGAGAGCAUGCAGGCGCAAAACAGCGGACCGGCAUUCGGGUACCCCGGCGACAACAACAACAACAGCAGGUCAGGGUUGAACUUUGGCCAGCCGCCGCAGCCGCAGCCGACGGCGUCGGAGACGCCGCUGCUCGACGCAGAUCUGCGCAAGGGCGACGCGCCCCCGUGGAUGUGGGUGGGGGCCGGCGGUGGCGCGGCCGCCAUGCCCAACGGCGGCGACGCCAACGGUCUCGCCAACAUCAGCAUGGGCACCGCGGGCGCCGAUCAGUUUGGCGGCCUCUCGUCUCUGGAAGACUUUGACAUGAACAUGGACGACGAAGACUUUAACUGGCAGACGUUUAACGACAGCAUACGCGGCUUCUCGACGACUGGUUGGGGACAGUUGCAGUAAUGUUUUUUUUUUUUUUUUUUUUUGUUUCGGUUUACUUUUUUUUUGCACGAUGGUUGUGAUGGCGUUACAGGAUGGUUAUACCACGAUUUCUCUCUUCUUAUAGUUGGAUUCUCGGCAAGCUUGCUUGGACAGUUUUGUUGUAUGAUUUACAUUGGGAGGGCGUGGGCUCAGAAGAGCUUGAGUGGGUGGAGGGCUAGAGUAGAAGUUUGGAAACUGUGGACAAUCUGGUGUACAGUACGUAGCAUCGCCC